AUGGUAAAAAUAAAAUUUUUCUAUUAUGAAAAUGUAGAAGAAGAUGAAGGUGGUGAAAUAGCUAGCGAUUUUAAUGUAUAUUGCACAAAUGAUUUAUUUAAACUUUUAGAUGUAAAAAAAAAUGAUAAUGCUAUAAUAUGUCAUACCAAUGAAAAUAAAAAAGGAGAAAAUGAAAAUUUUUAUGUAUAUUGUUGUUUUAAAGGAAUUGAUGAAAUAAAUACAAAAAGCAAUGUUGAUCGUAAUUGUAUAUAUACUAACAAAUAUGUCUUAAAAAGUUUAAAUCUUGAUAUAGAAGAUGAAUACAAAAAAAAGGAAAAAAAUAUAUUUCUUCUUAAUAUAAAAAUAAUAAAAUCUGAUUCAUUUGUUCCAAUAAAAGAACUUAAAUUAUGCAUAAAUGAAAUAUAUAAUAAAGUUUAUGAUCAUCUAAAAGAUUAUUGUUAUAGUAUAGAUAAUAAUUGGAACAGUAAUAGUAUGCUUGAAAAUUUUUGGAAAAAUAUAAAAAAUAAAAAUUUUGAAAAAUAUAUAAAUUUAUCUCUAUUAAAUACUUGUUUGUUUCCAAAUAAUUUCAUUAAAAUAUCAAUUUUGGGAACUUGCACAUUUUUAUCUGUUUUAUCUCUCACUAUUAAAAAAAAUAACAAAAACAUAAAUUUUGAUACCUUGCUUAAACAAAAUGUUUUUCAAAUACCAUACAUAGAUCAAAGGACAAAAAUUAUAAUACAAAAAAAUGAUAUUGAGCAAAUGAAUUUUAAUGAAAACGUUGAUAAAAAUACAAAUGUUGAUCCAAAUAUAUUAACCAAUACUGAUUUCUUUCCAAAAAAAAAAGGACUUAAUAAAAUAGGAGGUUAUAAAAAAAUAAAAGAAGAUAUAUAUUAUUAUAUACUAUUACCAUUAUUAUAUAAAAAUAUAUAUGAUCAAUUUAACAUAGAUGUAAACAAAGGAGUCCUAUUUCAUGGACCACCAGGAUGUGGAAAAACUUUUUUAGCAUUAGCCAUAAAAGAAGAAUUGAUAAUUUUGCAAAAAAAAAUUAAUAGUAUAAAAAAGAAGAGUAAUUUAAGUGCUCAACAAAUGGAAAUUCAAAUUAAUGAUCAAAAAGAAUCAAAAAGUAAAAAAAAUAAUUCUAUUGAUGUUACUAGUAUCUCUACCGAAAUUGCUAAGAAUGAUGAUAUAGAGUUUCUUAUUCCAGAUAUGGAAAUAUUUAAAAGCAACGACUUAAUUGAUAAUAAUAAUAGUGGAAUGAAAAUAAAUGAACUUUUUUUGCGGUGCUAUAAAAGAUAUAAAGAACAAAAAAAAUGCUCUAUAAUAUUUAUUGAUGAAAUUGAAAUAUUAUGUGAAAAAAGAGAAAAUUCAAACAUAAAUUUAUAUACAACUACUCUUCUAAAUAAUAUGGAUGGAGUUCGAAAAAACACACAUACAAUUUUAAUAGGCGCAACGAAUUAUAUUAACAAACUUGACUUAGCAUUAAGAAGAAGUGGACGGUUUGAUGUCGAAAUUGAAAUUAGUCUUCCAAAUUUAAAAGAUAGAAUAUCUAUAUUAAAAAAAAAAUUAUACAAUAUUAAUCACAAUAUUAAUAAUAAACAAAUUAAAAAGUUGGCAGAUAUUUGCCAAUCCUUUACUUGCUCAGAUAUUAACUCUUUGAUAAAUGUUUCUAUGUAUAUUAAUUUGAGGGAAAAUGGGGUUCUUUCAAAAAAUAUUCUGAACCGAUCAAUUAAAAAAAAACUAGCCAUAAAAAAAACAAAAAAUAUAUCCGAAGAAGAAAAUCAAACUACCUCGAAUAAAAUUCUUAAUAUAGAUAACAAUGAAAUAAAUCUUAUAAAAAAUUCUGAAAAAAAAAAUAAUUUUAACCAAAAUGAAUGUGUCUUAAAAUAUGACCAUAUUACAAAAGGAUUAAAAUAUGUCAAACCAUCAGGUAUGAAAGAAUUAUAUAUAGAUAUACCAAAAACUAGAAUAAAAGAUAUAGGAGGUUAUAAAAUCGUUAAACAAUGUAUAAAAGAAUGCUUAAUUUAUCCUAAAAUAUAUAAAAAAUUAUAUGAGAAAUAUAAUAUACAAACCCCUAAAGGAAUAUUAUUAUAUGGACCACCAGGAUGCUCGAAAACAUUAUUUGCUAAAGCAAUAGCUAGCGAAAUAAAUAUGAAUUUUAUAAGUGUUAAAGGACCAGAAAUAUUUUCUAAAUAUGUUGGUGAAUCAGAAAAAACUAUAAGAGAUAUAUUUAAAAAAGCUCGAGAAAAUAGUCCCUGUGUUAUUUUUUUUGAUGAAAUUGAUUCUAUAGCUUCUAAUAGAAAUCUAAAUCAAAAUUUUGUUUCAAACAGAGUAUUAUGCCAACUUCUCAAUGAAAUUGAUGGAAUUACUAUCAGAGCAGAUGUAAUCAUUUUAGGGGCAACAAACAGACCAGAUCUUAUCGACCCAGCUGCCUUAAGACCGGGCAGAUUUGAUAGAAUCAUUUAUGUUCCACUUCCAAAUUAUAAAUCAAGAUUUUCGAUAUUAAAGAAAACUCUUAAAUUAUAUAAAAUUAGUGAUGUAGAUAAUAAUGGCGAGUCUUUGAAAAUGGACAACUCUAUUGAACAGACUCAGGUAGAAGAAAGUGAAAAUCUACAGAGUCAAAAUGAAAAACAUUAUUUUGAAGGAAAUAUUGAUUCAUUUAAUACUAAAAAUAUGAAUCCAAUAAAAAGUGAAAUAAGCAAAGUGAUAGAAAAUAACAAAUUUACUAAUAAAAUAAAUAGUAUAGAAAAAGAAAAUGAAAAAUAUAAUUCAAAUGAUAAUAAUCAGAAGAAACCUAAACGUUUCACCACUAAAAAAAGAGAAAAAAUUAAUGACAAUUCACAACUCUUAGAAUUAUGCUAUUUUUUAGCUAAAAAAACGAAGAAGUAUAGUGGAGCUGAAAUUGUGAACAUUUGCAGGGAAGCUUCCAUAUGUGCACUUCGAGAAACAUUAAAAAUAUACAAUACAGAAAAAAAAGGAAAUAAAAUUGAUCAAAAUGUUUUAUCAACCAAUUCUUUUGUUGGAUUAAGUAAAAAGCAUUUUAUUGAUGUGUUAAAAACAAUAAAACCUCAAACUAGUAGUAAACUUAUAAAAUUCUAUAAAAAUUACAAUGAACAAAAAAAAAGUUAA